GAUGACGCGUCGUCUCGUUUUGAUGACGUUUACAAUUUCAAUUUACUGAGGAACUGCUGCUUCUGGGUUUCGAAGAAGCGAUUUUUAAUAACAAAAACACACACUUCUUCACUUCAAACAGGCUGGGAUCUUGGAUGGAGUGAGUGUUGAGCCCCAAUGAGAUGACUGACCAGGGCAACAACAACCAGAACAUCUCCCGUAACCCCUUCGCUGCCCUCUUCAGCUCACUGGCUGAUGCCAAGCAGUUUGCAUCAGGCCAGAAACCAGAACAGUCUGCUGAACCACCACUGGAGGACUCAGGAGAGAGCCAGUCCGAGUCAGAAAACUCUGUGUCAGACAGCGUUGAUGACAAUGACGACUCCGUGGCAGAGAUCAGCCGCUCCUUCCGGUCCCGGCAGGAGCUGUGUGAACAGCUCAAUGUCAAUCACAUGAUCCAGCGAAUAUAUCUCAUCACCCUGGACAACAGUGACCCCAGUCUGAGAGGAGGUAAUGGGAUCCCCCCUCGCUGUGUUUACCUGGAGGAGAUGGCUGCAGAUCUGGAUGGACAGGACUGGCUGGACAUGGACAACAUAGAACAGGCUCUGUUUAACCGUCUGCUGGUACUAGAGCCAGGAAACAACCUCAUCUACAUGACGUCAUGCAGCGCUGUCAACCUGUCUGCUGACCGUGAUGCUGGAGAAAAGUGUGCCAUCCCUUACCUUUUCGCUUGUUACCAGAGGGCCAAAGAAGAGGUGACGAAGGUACCAGAGAAGUUACUGUCGUUUGCUGUUCGCUGUAAGAACCUGACAGUCUCCAACACACGGACGGUUCUGCUCACCCCAGAGAUCUACGUCAGCCAGAAUAUCUAUGAACAGCUUCUGGACCUGUUACUGGAAGCUUUCAACGGAGCACAGCCAGAGGAGGUGGUUGAGUUUGUGGAGGAGGUCAUUACUGGCCUGCUCUCCGACCAAGAGGUCCGUACCUUCGAGGAGGUGAUAGUACCAGUGUUGGAUAUCUUCCAGGGACGCAUCAAAGACUUGGACCUGUGCCAGCCUCUCCUCUACUCCUACCUAGAUGUUCUGCUCUAUUUCAGCCACCAUAAAGAUAUUGCCAAGGUAUUGGUGGAACACACUCAACCCAAAGACCCAACUAAUGGUUUACAGUACCAGAAGACCCUACUGGGAGCAGUGAUGAGUAUCUCCUGCUUGUUAAAAACCCCAGGUGUGGUGGAAGGACAUGGCUACUUCCUGAACCCGUCCCGCUCCAGUGCCCAGGAGACAAAGGUCCAGGAGGCCAACAUCCACCAGUUUAUGGGUCAGUUUCAUGAGAAGCUGCACCAGAUCUUGAAAAACUUGCUCCAGCGAUCUGGCGAGACGCGCCACUUGCUGCUCUCGUGGUUGGGCGGCUGUCUGCAGGCCAACGCCGGCCGGGCCAAGAUAUGGGCCAAUCAGAUGCCGGAGAUCUUCUUCCAGAUGUACGCUUCAGAUGCAUUUUUCUUAAACUUGGGUGCGGCACUGCUAAAGCUGUGCCAGCCCUUCUGCAGGCCACGGUCGCCCAAACUGCUCACCUUCAACCCCACCUACUGCGCCCUCAAAGAGCUGAGCGAAGAAGAGAGGCACAAUCGCAAUGUGCACGUAACAGGUCUCGACAAGGAAACCUGUCUGAUCCCUGUGCCCCCUCAGCAGCCGGUGGAAUCUGCACAGUCCUACAGCCUGCUGACUGAAAACCUCAUCCUCACACAACUCACCAUGCAUCUUGGCUUCCACAGACUCCACGAGCAGAUGGUGAAGAUGAACCAGUCCCUCCACCGGCUCCAGGUGACGUGGCAGGAAGCCCAGCGAUCGGGCAGCCCGAUGUCGGAGCAGCUCCUGGAGCAGUUUGAGCGUCUGAUGAUUGUUUACCUGUCAACCAAAGCUGCCACCACGCAGCCCGCCAUGCUGCAAUGCUGCCUUAACCUCCAAGCUUCCACGGCCGCUCUGCUGGUUCAGCUUGGAAUGGGGAACCAGGGGCCUGAACAUGUAGCACUCAGUUUCCCCCUGCCCACCCUACAGAAUUCUGUGCUCUGCUAUGUACCAGAGUUUUUUGCAGAGAACUUGGGAGAUUUUUUCAUCUUCCUGCGUCGAUUUGCAGACGAUGUUUUGGAGACUUCUGCAGAAAGCCUGGAGCAGAUUCUUAACUUCAUCACUGUCUUCAUGGGUAACGUAGAGAGGAUGAAGAACCCUCAUUUAAGAGCAAAGCUCGCAGAGGUCUUAGAGGCGGUGAUGCCCCACAUGGAGCCGGUGGCUUCUGGUGCUGCUCAGCCAAUCGUGUUCCAGCGAGAGAGAGUCUUCUGCUCCUAUAGACAUGCAUCUCAUCUGGCCGAGGCCCUCAUCACUGUGUUUGUAGACAUUGAAUUCACAGGUGAUCCUCAUCAGUUCGAACAGAAAUUCAACUACAGAAGACCCAUGUAUCCCAUCCUCAAGUACAUGUGGGGCAAAGAGAGUUACAGAGAGAGUAUCAAGCAUUUGGCUACCUAUGCAUCUGAGAACCUGGAGGCCAUGAACCCCCCUCUGUUCCUCAGGUUCCUCAACUUACUGAUGAACGAUGCCAUCUUCCUGCUGGACGAGGCUAUUCAGUACCUGAGUAAAAUCAAGGUUCUGCAGUUGGAGCGGGACCGAGGGGAGUGGGAAGGCCUGGCCCCCGAUGCCCGAAGAGAGAAAGAGUCCAGCCUACAGAUGUUUGGACAGCUGGGACGCUUCCACAACAUCAUGUCUAACGAGACCAUCGGCACACUGGCCUUCCUCACCUCAGAGAUCACGGGGAUCUUUGUGCACCCCUUUCUGGCUGAGAGGAUCAUCUCCAUGCUGAAUUACUUCCUGCAGCACCUGGUGGGUCCUAAGAUGGGGGCCCUUAAAGUCAAGGACUUCAGUGAGUUUGACUUCAAGCCCCAGCAGCUUGUUUCUGACAUCUGCACCAUCUACCUGAAUCUGGGUGAUGAGGAGAAUUUCUGUGCUACAGUCCCAAAGGAUGGACGAUCGUACUCCCCUAUCCUCUUCUCCCAAACAGUUAGGGUACUGAAGAAGAUAAACAAGCCUGGGGACAUGAUUGUGGCUUUUGGACUCAUUGCUGACAAAAUAAAGUCCCAUGCAGACAGACAGCAGCAGGAAGAGGAGACGUAUGCAGACGCCCCAGAUGAGUUCCUGGAUCCUAUCAUGUCCACUUUGAUGCUCGAUCCUGUUCUUCUCCCUUCCUCCAAUGUCACAGUUGACCGCUCAACUAUAGCAAGGCAUCUCCUCAGUGACCAGACAGACCCUUUCAACCGCAGUCCUCUAACCAUGGACCAGAUCAGGCCAAAUGAGGAACUCAAACAGCAGAUCUUACAGUGGCUGGAUAAGCAUAAGCAGGAGAGGCUGCAGCUGGGACCCAGUGGCUAGCCAUGAUCCCUCGCUGUGAUAAACAAUGACUGCAUCCCUGCUUUCCUUCCCGGCUCACAUCUUGCGUGCUCCUCUGCUUCUUGGCUAAUCCAUGGUGUGCUUGCCUCUGUGGAUUUCUUCUGACUCCUCCGGUCAGACUAACAUUGCAUUAGCCUUUUCAUGCAGCCUUCACGCUCAGUGGAUUCUCCCUGUGACGGCAGUCCAGGCAAACUGUAGCCCACCGGCUGGUGACAACUUCAAAAUACAUACCGAUCCACACAGUAGCUGUUCGACUCCCAUGAUGCCCUACGGUAACAUAAGUAGGGCGAUACAACCGCUGGUUCCUCUCUCCCUGAAUACUGUGUAUUAAUUGGUUAUUAUUACAAUCAGAACUGUGGCCAGAAGUAUCAGCUUCAACAGGACUUGUUGAAUGUACUGUAUGAACUCCUGACAGACCAGCUGGCCCUAACCAGGUUUUAUACUGCAAGGUAAGUAUUUUUGGGGAAUUCUUAAGGUUGAACAUGGAUGGAAUUGUUUAUGAUUUCACCUUCAUGAAGAAUACAUUAUCCACUGCCUUUUAAAGUUCUUGAACACCCUACAUUUCAGCAGUUUUGGUUAAAUCUCAAGCAGCAUUGUAAAUAGAAUUAGAAAUUAAAGGCAAGGCGCAGGUAAAACUGAAUUUAAUUGUGUGUGAUUUCUUAUUUUAGUGGAAAUAAUCUAGAUUUACUUGGAGAUGUUCAAAAUCUUGUUCACUGUAAUAAGAUACCCGAAGCACAAAACCAUACAGUGUACACUUCUUCUGCAUUUUAACAUAUAUAUAUAUAUAUAUAUAGUAGAUAAGUGUCUUUGCAUCUUCAAGUGCACCUGCCUUUAAUUAAGCACUAAUUAAAGCCCUCGUUAGGAUGGGAGAGCUUGCUAACUAGUAGGUUGUUGGAUAUAAGGUUUUAAACUGUUUCAGUUACUAAACAAUAAUUACACUAAUGUGAACCACAUUUUAGGAUGCAGUACAUGCAAAACCUAAAAAUGACAGAAUGCUUACAAAAAUUGCUUGAUUGUUGAGCGUGGCAUUGAUGGACACUAGUGUUUGGUGUGCUUGAGCGGUAACAAAUUAAUACUAAUUGACAGCAGUGUGAUGGGCAUCUCGAAUGUCUAGUCCUUGGAAAGACAUUUUGCUCGCAAUUUGUCUCUAUUUGAUUGAUUUAUCUUAGAAAGCUCAAUUCAGAGCUACUGAAGACAUAAUGCAAUUAUUUUUUUUUCACCGGCUGAGUAGCUGAGUGAACUGAUCCUCGUGUUUAACAUCUGUGAAGUGCCCCUUUGAGACAUUCAGCAGUGAUCAUGGGCACAAAGUGACUGCUCCUGGCAAAAAAAGGCAAGAAGAUUCCAUCUUCUAUCUUCUUAAUUAAACACCGCUUUUGAUUUCAAAUUUUGAUUACUCAAACUGGAUUAAAACAUGGUGGAUGUUCUUGAAAUGUUAUCAAAUGUUUCCUAAACUGUCCAACAAAGUCAGACUGACUAAAUCGGAGGUGAAAAAUAAGCCAUGCAGUUGCAGAACCGGGCUUCAUAAUAUAUAUAUAAUGCCUAGUUUUAAUAAAUAAUUUAGAGAGGUGGCAAAUCGAAAUAAUUGUCAAUAAUCAUCUUUGACUUAUCUGAAUGGCUUCUCAGGUUUCCAAACUCAAAUCUUGUGGUGAAACAUGAGCUCGUAAACUGUACUCUUGCUAGUUUAUUUCAAAUAUGAUUAAAUACCACAAUAUUUUCUCAAUUUACUCAUAUUAACCCCUAAUUUUUCUUCAAUUUUAAGGUCUUUACAAUGACCACAUUUCUUGUCAUUGAAUCAAAAAAAAGCGCCAAAAUAUAGGGUGUUCAAUAACUGAUCUGCAGUGUAUAUAAUAAUCAUUGUCAUCCUUUGAAUUAACAUUCGCCAGAUUAACUGAUGUACCCUGAUCUAGCAUUUUGAACAGAUUCUUUUGUUGUGUGCAAGCAUAGUGUAUUAACAUGGCAAACAAAUGAUCAAUAGAAUCGGUGCCUAAAACCAAGAGCCUUGCAGUAAAUGUCAGCGAAUGAGGAUCUGACUUGUUUCAUACUCUUAAGAGACAUAAUUAUGAGUUUGUUUCUUUAGGGCAUAAGGAAGCUGUGGGUAGAAUAUAAAAGAAAGAAGAUCAGAAAAAGGUGGCCUGUUUUUGAGUAGCUUUUUGAAUUAAAGUGUUUUGAUUCAAAAUCAAGUGUGGUUGUAUAAAAUGGUAAAAUGUGAGAGAAAGAUUAUGUAUUUGUUGGCAUGCCCUCAUACUGUAUGUUGAAUAUCUACCACCUGAAUGAUUACAUGGGUUAAAUUAUAAUGCAAUAUUUUGGUUUUAAUUGUGAUUAUAAAAUGUUUAUUUUGGAUGUACAGUAUGAUUAAGAAAUAAAACUAAUGUGUGUUAUAUAA